GGAGAGAGUUUAAGGGCACGCUGGACUGUGGACUGAGUAGCCAAUGGACAUGGGCUUAUGUUUUGGGAGGCCUAAAACCAGGGGAACGAGAGAUCCUCUGUUCCUGACUGGUGUGAGUUUGUCGCCCGAUUGGCCUGUCUACGAGGACAGCCUCAUUAAGCUCAGCGUCUAUGAUGUGAAGGACAAGCAUCACCAGAUGAGCAGUUUCCUGGGUAGUGCUAGCUUCUCUGUCUCCGAACUCCUCAAGUCAAAGGACCAACAGCUCUCUCUCAGCCUAAGGACGGCAGAUGAUUCGGCAGCCGUGGGGACGGUGGUGGUUUCUCGCCUGAAGAUGGGAGAGAUUGAGGAUGGAGAUGUGGACCACAUUGCCACUGACACACACCAGAAGUGCACUCUGGUGUGUGAGCCUCACGGGACCACGAACGACAAGGAUAACGGACUACUGAUGAAUGCUGUGUUUAAGAACCCGGUGUGUAAAGUGUACAGGUUUCAGACGACUGACAGCAAGUGGAUGCUGGUGAGGGAGCAGAUGGCUGAGUGCACUUUGUCCUUCAGUAUUCCCAUCCAGCUCCUCAGGCUCUACAUCCAGGAGGACAGAUACAGGAUCCAGGAGCUGAACAAUCUGGGUGAGCUCUCACCGCACUGGGACAACCUGAGGAGAGACGUCAUCGCUCGCUACAGCCAUCUCAUCAAAACCUACCAGGACACGCUCGCCGAGCUGGAGAAGUUCACUGGUCCUUCAUUCAAGCCGAGCUGCAGCAAAGCUCAGAAAUACCUGGAGUUCAUCCCCAUUAAUCUGCACACACAGCGCAUGAGGGUGACGUGUCCUAGGAAAACAGAGGCCUUCUACGAUGUGAUCACAGUUGGAGCUCCAGCCGCUCACUUCCAGGGCUUCAAAAAUGGAGGCCUUCAGAAGCUGCUCGGCCGAUACGAAGCCGAGAAGAAGAGCUACAGCACGGCGUAUCAGUGCAUCUACUACUCUCCAGAGCACACAGCCAAAGCCAGAGAGAUCCUGAGUAUGGUGGCCCAGUUGCAGCCCCUCAUCUGCAGUUUAGCCGAGCACCUGCUCCUCCAGGCCCAGCAACGCUGCAGCCGCAGCCUCCGGGAAGCUCUCAAGAGUCUGGAGGAAAAGACGGAGCAGUUCGUGCACUCUCUGAAGGACGAGUUGGUGAAGAAUGCGCUCUUCGCGCUACAUGCAGCACGACCCGGCUACAUGAACAAAAGUCAGCUUUCCAGCCAGCCCGAAAAACACUUGCCCCAAACCGUGACCUCGGACGUGACCCCGAACCAAAACCAGAGCCGCGAGCCAAACGUUGUCAUCUGCAACAAUGUGUCCGGAUCUCAAACGCCUCCUAAAAAUGAAGCUCGCCAUGACCUUCCCCACCACAAGGAGUAUGACGAGGAGGAAUGGGACAGGGUGUGGGCCAACGUGGCCAAGGGUCUGAACUCUGUCAUCGCCAUGGUGGAUAAGCUACAGGAGCAGGACAACAACAACCAGGAGUCUGCUCCUGACCAGGCGCUCGCUGACGUCAUUACCUCCCACAGUCCUGCUGCAGACUGGCGGGAGCAGCUGAGCCCUGUGGUGGUGGCGCUGAAGGACUGUGUAAACGAGGUGGCAGACAGAGCGAGCAAGUCAAUGAGUUUUGUUCUCCUCCAGGAGGCGGCAUGCAGUACACCCUCUGGCCUGCAGCUCCAACAGAGACGUGACACUGUAUUCAGCCAGGCGCUGGCUGCACUAGCCUGUGGUUUUCUCAUGCGGCUAUACUCUGGAAUAGAGGAUAAGGGCUUCAUCAGACAACUGCACACAGUGGGAGUGGUGGCCCAGUUCGAGAGCCUGCUCAGCACAUACAGUGAGGAGAUAGGCAUGCUGGAGGAUAUGGAGGUGGGGAUUUCUGAUCUACAGAGAGUCACAUUCAAAAUUACAGAAGCUGCUUCUGAUGACCCCUGCAACCUGCAGCCAACUGUCAGUGGCAGACGAGACCAUUACACUGUCGAGGUGCCGCUUCCACUCCAAGCCUUCCAGACAUUACCAGAUGAAGUGCGUCAGGGCAAGCUGCUACAGGUCUUCCCAGUGCUCUUCAACGUGGGCAUCAAUGAACAGCAGACAAUUGCUGAGAGGUUUGGGGAUAUAUCCUUACAGGAGAGGAUAAAUCAGAGAAAUUUUGACAUUUUAGAGACGUAUUAUAAGUCACUCAGUGAGCAGAUUCCAUUAGAAUGUCUGCCUUCUUUUCAGAUGCAGCCAGAUGUUAAGGAGUUACUUGAAACACUAGGCCAGAGUGUGGUGACCAAGAAGAGGAAGAAUGUGGAAAUUCUCUGGCUUGCAGGAGCGAUCUGUCGGAGGCUUAAUGGCAUCCGUUUCACCAGCUGCAAAAGUGCCAAAGACAGGACGUCCAUGUCGGUGACGCUGGAGCAGUGUGCCCUGCUGAGGGACGAGCACCAGCUCCAUAAGGACUAUUUUGUCCGGGCGCUGGACUGCAUGCGCAGAGAAGGCUGCCGGAUUGAGAACGUGCAAAAGAAUAUAAAAUGCAGGAAGUAUGCUUUUAACAUGCUGCAGCUGAUGGCCUUCCCCAAGUACUAUCGCCCACCCGAGGGGACGUACGGGAAGGUGGACUCAUGAGACGAGACUUAUACACGCUGGACACGACUUCAUCUAGUCUCCAUCCUCAUUCAUCUUCAUGGAAAACAAUGUGAUGUUGGAUCUAAAAGAGAUGAAAAUGCAUCCAUAUAUAUAGAGUACCAGUCAAAAGUUUGCAUGCCCCUACUCAUUCAUAGGUUGUCCUCUGUUGUAAUUAUUUUCUACAAUACUGAAUAUAUCAAAACUAUGAAAUAGCACGUGCCUCAUAUAUGGAAUUAUAUGGUAAACAAAAAAAGGCUUUAAAAAAACGCACUGUUUCAUAUUUUACAUUCUUCAAAGUAGCCACCGUAUUUUGUGUACACCAGGCUUGUAGUACUCGAAUCUGACUCGUGCCCUAAUUUUAAGGACUCGUGACUUGACUCGGACUUAGACUCGGACUCGUGCAUUAACUGCAUUCGGGCUUGUAAAUUGGAGACGAGGACUUGGAUUUUUUCUUUAUUUUUUGUCUCAUCUCAUUAUCUGUAGCCGCUUUAUCCUGUUCUACAGGGUCGCAGGCAAGCUGGAGCCUAUCCCAGCUGACUACGGGCAAAAGGCGGGGUACACCCUGGACAAGUCGCCAGGUCAUCACAGGGCUGACACAUAGACACAGACAACCAUUCACACUCACAUUCACACCUACGGUCAAUUUAGAGUCACCAGUUAACCUAACCUGCAUGUCUUUGGACUGUGGGGGAAACCGGGGCACCCGGAGGAAACCCACGCGGACACGGGGAGAACAUGCAAACUCCGCACAGAAAGGCCCUCGCUGGCCACGGGGCUCGAACCCGGACCUUCUUGCUGUGAGGCGACAGCGCUAACCACUACACCACCGUGCCGCCUUUAUUUUUUGUAACAUGCCAUAAUAAUUUGGUAUAAGAUAUUUAUAUCGACAUUAAUUUUUGUACUAAUUUCGUGCAAGAGUGUCACACCUGUGCGCCUUGGUGCGCACUCCGGACAACGCAUAUGCCAAGCGGAUUCUCGCAUGCACAUGCGCCGUAAACGACUUGCACAGGAUUAAGUAGGGCUGCGUACCUAAACGUAACAUCAGGUACAGGUACAGGUACCGGUACAGAGGUUUAGGUACAGGUCUGGACCUGUACCUGUACCUGAACAAUUUGACAAAUUCUUCUGAACUUCUUCAGUAAUGACAGAAACAUUAAUAAACUGUUGACAACUUGUCAGUAUCUUUAUUCAAAAAAAACCGAACAUAACUAGGUUUCCUACCUCACUUCUCAGUCACCCUAUAGUUAACUUGGGACAAAAAGUCAUAAGUUGUCUCACAGCGAGAAGUGACUACGCUAGAGUACUACAGACUCCGCGCAGUCCGCGGCCUUUAACUUACGCGGCAAAAUUACACAAAGCAACAAAGGCCACCAAUGCCAGCAAAGGAAAAAUGGCUGACCUGCUUUUGAGUCUUUUUGACCAAUCAGAACGCUGGAUCAGCCAAGCUCUCGCAAUGUCUCGUGAGACUGUGGCGAGAGGAUCUCAAAUCAAAGAUGGCUCUGAUUUCAAGUUUCAGCGCGGCAUUUUACGUCUUUUCCAGUGCUAAAUUUUCGUCUUUGUGGUAGGAUUUACGCAUCUUCAGUCACAAAAUAAGCAUAUACUUGGUGUAAAUUUAUAUGGGUACAGUACCGGUACUUCAUGAUCCGGUAUUUUGAACCUGUACCGAAUCGAUUUUCACAGUACAGUACCGGUACACAGUACCGGUACGCAGCCCUAGGAUUAAGGCACAACCAGCACGCCUAUAUAAAAACUGUGAAAACACACUUACUUUGCAAAGUAUUGAGUUGCGUUGCUGACACAUUACCAAGCCUUAUUUCCUUGUUUGGUUUCCUGAUUCCUGAUUUCCUGUUUCUUGUCUUUGAUUCUGCCGAGUCUACGAUAGCCUGUUUGUGCCUCGCUCGACCUAUUGCCUGUUUCACUGUUUUGCGAUUUUGCCUGCCGUUCUGGAUUGUUUACCUUCUUCACUUGUAUUAAUAAACACACCUUCUGCACUUACAUCCGUCUCCCAACCAUCUCUGACAGAAUACUUCACACUCCCUGAUAAAGAGAAGCACAUUCACCUGUUCAUACAUCAUGUUCAGGAACUAACUAAUGUUUUAAUGGCGCUGAAACAGCCAUCGUCAAAUGGUGCGGUUGGAGUCUUGUUCUCGGACUCGAGUCAGAUCAAUAGUGGACUCGACUCGAAAUUUUUUUUAAUGACUUGGACUUGACUCGGACUUGAACACUGGGGACUCAAGACUGGACUUGGACUCAAGGUUUAGUGACUCGACUACAACACUGGUGUGCACCGUACCAUAGUUACACACCUGUACAUGAUUCCUCUUGAUUGUGACUCCUAUAAUUGGCUUUUUUCAGUUAAACAGCGGAGAAACAUUUUCUGUUCAGUUGCUGUAUGGCACUAACCUGGUUUUAUACAAUAUUACACAAAUUAGGCCUUAUGUUUAAGCCAAUUAACAGCCAAGAGUCGAGUUAUGCCCCAGUCUGUGCCUAUAUUCCCUUUUCCCUUUGACCAGCCACAGUUAUUCUUUUUCCUGCUCGGGCUUAUUUUUGAAUUAUUUUGAUACUAACCAUAUACUAGGAUGUUGUGGUAUUUUAUUUUCAGCCAUAAUGUGAGUACAAAGUGUAAAACUCCCAAACAAGUGGAUCAGGUGUGGCUUUGGACUCGCAAUUUGAACUACGUUCAUAUCAGGCAACAUCAAACCCGCUCGCCAGUCAUGGGAACUGAUGUUAAAUGGAUAGAAAAAAAAAUUGGGGCUAAAUUUCAGUCAAAUCUUAUCACGUGUGAUUGAGGAGCUGGGUAUGAGUUUGUGAGUUUGCGAUUCCAUGGGUUAUAAGGAAAAAUCAAUGAGUCCACUUUAGGCUCUGUAUUCAUUCAUAGGUUUUUCUGUAUUUUGUAUUUUCUACAUUGUAGAACAAGUACUGAAGACAUCAAAAGUAUGAAAAGAACAUAUUGAUCACAUAUAUGGAAUUAUGUAGUCAACAAAAAAAGUGCCACAAAUCAAAAUGUUUGAUAUUUUAGAUUCUUCAGCAUAUCCAGCGUUUACCUUGAUGGCGCUUUCCACACUAUUGGCGUUAUCUUGACCAGCUUCAUGAGGUCAUCACCUGGAAUGCUUUUCAGUUAACAGGUGUGCUUCGUCAAACGUUCAUUAGUGGACGAGUUUCUUGCCUUCUUAAUGCGUUUGAGAUCAAACAGUAAAUAGUAAAUAAUAAACAUGCAGUAAAUAGCCCUAUUCCACACCACAGCUGUAGUAAUCCGUACAUAUUACAUCAAGAACCGCUCAACUAAGUAAAGAGAAAUGACAUCCAUCACUACUUGAAGACAUGACAUGACUUUUAAUUAAUAAAAAUAAAUAAAGAAUAAACAUUGAAUUCAAAGGUGUGUCCAAACGUUUGACUGGUACUGUAUGUAUAUAUAUAAUAUACAGCUGUUCACUGCAUUGACUGCAGUAUUCCAAUUGUUAUAACAAUGUUAAGUCAUUAAGACAAUUAAAAUUUGUUUUGUGUAGUUGUUAAAAUGUUUGUGGGUGUUUUUUGUUUUGUUUGGUUUUUUUAAUUCUUUGUUGGACUGUUAUGGUACGUUCACACCAAAUGUGGCGAGAGCGUUAUAAUUCGCUCUGGCUGCUCUACCAAAGACGCUGGUGAAUUCGUGGACGCUCUGCGAUGUCGAUGAAGCAGGCGGUUACAAGUUCUUUUGGAAUGCUUCCUGUUGCAAACUGUAUUUAAAGGGGUUGCAAAGCGAACACACAUCAACUGGUAUCUUUGUUCCAACUGAGCACAAUUAGAGUAUAAGUUAACUUCAUGAAAUGUUUUAAAUUUAUUAUAUGGCACAAGCUACUUCUGGUAAAAUCAUGCGCUCUGAUUGGUUCCUUGGUGGGCAGUAUUUUCCCGUAAUGCCCGUGGGCAAUUACAGACUUUCUUUCCAAGGCGCCGGCGUUCAAUGUUGCAAAAAAAACAAACAAAACGACAAAAAAAAUGGAUUGGAAAUCAAAACGGAAUCAAAAACGGCCAAAAGACAAACGAGUCACAGAGUUAUUCAAGAAAUGUGCAACAAAAAGCAUUCAGAAACCACUAACCGAUAACAGAAAUUCAGUUUUGAAACUGCUAGCUGUUUAUUCUGCAUGCGUGACUUAACUACAGGGGCGCCGCCAGAAAUUUUGGGCCCCAUGAAAGAUUAGAAUUUUGGGCCCCCAACUUUGCCCACCCUCAUCACAAUUGCACUAUUGUCAUUAUUUGACUUUUGUAUAUGGCGCUCGCUCAUUAAAAACUUCAAUCCGAAAGCAUUUAUGGGUUGUAUUGCUGCUUACCUCCUUCUCCAAAGGGGGGUUCAGUGGUUUGGUAGGGCGGAGGUCCCCCUGAGGCUGAAUCUGUGCAUAUUUAGGGCACCCCAUUAGUUAUGAAACUGGUUAUUAGCACUAGUUAUUAGCACCAGCAUAACGUAAUAUUUCAUCUUGUUUAUCACACAAGUCAGUUCAGUUAUUAAAAUGGAAAAAAUGUCACUGUACAAACUGUAAAAGUGUUCUCUUGAUAGGCUAAUCCAACCACGUUCAUACUGUUCAUUUACCAUUGGCUAAUAUUUUGAACACACAUGUGAGCGAUAGCUACCUUUCUUUGGGAAAAACUGAGUGACCAGUUGCCUGCCUCUCCAGUCCCUCUCAGCUUUCAGCUGCCUUUCUUUACGUUUUUGACAGCCACUCUUCAUAUUUAGCGAUCAUAGACUGUACGCACUCCACUGCUGGCUGGCUGCAUUGCACCGCGACACAGCAGCAAGUAGCGUUGAGUCAACUACGUUACAAAUAUGACGUGACUGAAAGCAACGUCAUGCCUCGUUAUGAUGACCAUCGAUUUUAAUCUUAGAAAUUAAAAAAGCCAUAUAAUAAACUCCAUAUUAACUUCGCUUGCUUGGUCUUUACAGGAAAAUAUCAGACCGAGGUCUUGACAGUACGUACCGAGCCUAUGGUCAUAUUUGUAGCAUAGUUGAGUCACGCAUGCAGAAUAAACAGCUAGCGGUUUCAAAACUGAAUUUCUGUUAGCAGUUAGCAGUUCCUGAAUGCUCUUUGUUGCUCAUUUCUUGAAUAACUCAGUGACUCUUGUUUGUCUUUUGUGUUUCAGCCAUUUUUGAUUCCGUUUUGAUUUCCAAUUCAUCUUUUUUUUGUCGUUUUGUUUUUGUCUUUUGCAACAUCGAAAGCCGGCGCCUUGGAAAGAAAGUCUGUAAUCGCCCACAGGCAUUACGGGAAAAUUCUGCCGGCCAAGGAACCAAUCAGAGUGCACGAUUUUACCAGAAGUAGCUCGUGCCAUAUAAUAAAUUUAAAAUGUUUCAUGAAGUUAACUUAUACACUAAUUGUGUUCACUUGGAACAAAGGUUGACGUGUGUUUGCUUUGCGGCCAUAAGCUCGGUCCGUUCUGUCAAGACCUCGGUGUGAUAUUUUCCCGUAAAGACUUCACACUCAGUUAAUAAGUAGUUAGUAAAAGUAAGAAAUCGAUCGAUGAAGGAAAAUAAUGAACAACUAUGAUUACAUGUUUGGUAAGAAAGUAAACUAAUGACAGAAACUAAUUAAAAGCCAUUUGUGUGGUGGGAAUUUUGGUACAGUAAGUUAAAUUUCAACAUGUAGUUUAUAAAUUUUUUAAUUUUUUUAUUUUUAUUGUGUGCAAGCAGGGACACAUAAUAAGUUAUCAAGAAACCUACCAUGAUAAUUAUUAGUUUCUCCUCCAUUGUACUUUUGAACCAAAAGUCACACAACUCAGUGCGUUUACAUGCACAUCCAAAUCGAGCUGCUGUCGGUAAUCGAGCUAAGGGUCCCAGCAGGGGUGCCAGAGAAAUCCAAUCCUACAUGCACACAAGGAAAUCGAGCUAUUGUGUGAGGUACAUUGUGCACCCGAGCCACAGGUGGCGCUACACGCCCCAUCGUGUUGGUACACUUCGGGUUGUCGUCAUGAAGAAGAGCUAUUCAAGAGUAUAAACAAAGUUAUCAGUUCUGUGUUCGUUCGUUCUCCUUGUUCCUCCUGACCUCUUCUGCUGCUCGCUACUACUAUUGUUGUCAUGCCGACCGAGGCUGUUGUGUUUCCCGCUUGUGGUCUCAUCACUCGUCACUUCCGGAAGGGGCAGUGCUGAAGUAAGUAGCUCGACUACGUAGCUCGAUAGGGUUUACAUGCACUAAGUAGCUCGGCUACAAUCGCAUAAUCUAGGUCGUGUAGCUCGAUUACGAGAAAUCCAGUUCGGUUCAAUUUCAGCCGAGCUAAGGUGUUUCCAUGGCAUUUAGAACCACGAUUUCAGUCGAGCUACGGCAGAAAUUCGAUUUUCUCUAUGUGCAUGUAAACGCACUGACUGUGUUCUCUUGGGUUCGGAGCACUUCUGAAUUCCGAUUGGUUACAGUCGAGCUGCAUCAUAGCUCAUUACCAUGAAGUCGCCUGGACUUUAGCUUUAAUUUUGAUGCCCCCCAACCUCAGAAGACAUGCCACCAAUGUUUAUGCCGCUGCUUGUCACCAAAAGACGUCGUCUCACAAUUGAAAGAAAAUGAACAACUUCUGUUCACUUUGACGCUCUUGUGACAUUUGGUGUGAACGUACCAAAUGUUAUGUACACUAAAGUUGUUUUUGCUUUUGAAAGGUUUUUUUUUUUUUUCUGUGAACAAAGAACAACAGGGCUAGGGUUAGAGAAAACAUUUGCAGCAUUUGUAUACGUGUCAGAAUUUUUGUAUUUGCUUGUAUAAUACAUGUAUUUAUAUGAAAUAUCCAAGCCACAGAGUGGCCGAACCAUCGACUUGUAUUUUAAUUUGUUCUACAGUGUGCAAUACAUGUGGGUGGUAGAGGAAGUGUGUUCAGAGAUCUGGAUACAUGGAAUCAUUUUCUAUCCCACAAUUGUAAAUACAAAACUAAACAACUGAUCUGAGAACUCAA